AUGAAUUCAAUGAUCCUCCAAACUGUGUGUUUGAUUAGAUUCUUCAUUGAGCUAUUGCCUUCAUUGUGGUUAUUUUCUUGUUUGAUGUGCUUCAUUUCUAACUGUAGUGACAGGGUUCUUAUUAGUUUAUUACUGUCGCAGAGGCCCAAAUUCUUGAGAGCCAAUGGAAAAAUUUACCAGGCUAUCAAUGCAGAUACAUUGAGGGCUCAGAAUAUGGAAACAUGGCCAUUUUUCAAUCAGGCUACUGCCAAUUUAGUUCCUCUUAAUGCACGGAGAGUUGCUGUAAAAUUUGACUCUUUCACGAUAGCAAGUCUGAUACCUAUAAAGAACCGCGGAAGUGGUCGUGGUGAACUUGAAAUCACAUACCUGGAUGAAGAACUAAGGAUAUCAAGGGGUAACCAAGGAAACCUGUUUAUUCUAAGAAUGGUGGAUCCAUCAUAUAGAGUCCCUCUUUAAGCAUGGCUCCUGUGGAUAGUAAUUGUCUCAAGCAGUCGCUCUUAGAACCAUUUCAGUUGGACUUCAGCGUUGGAACUAGUUCUCAUGACGCGUACAAGCUUGAUCAGAUUUCCGAUCAACAAUAAUAAAGAUAUGCUUCAUGGUAAAGCUAAACAGCAUAGUCCAACUUGCUUCACAUCUUACUGUGCUAUGAUUGACCAUCAUAAUAGCAAAUAAACUCAUUGCUUGUAGUUUGAUCAAGGAACUACAUCUCUUAUGAUGCAUAAUA